CUGGUGUUGUAUACGAGGUACAGGACUGAGAGUGUAUUACCCUACCAGUAAACUUGCUUAACUCGGUUCCCCCUUUUUCUCUCUCUCUCUCUCUUUCUCUCUCUCUUUCUCUCUUUCUUCCCUCUCUCUCUCUCUCUUUACACCCCCUUCUACAUUAUACUCGAUGAGCGUCGAUCGGUUAGCCGAACUUUCACGUCCAGCCCCCGUUGCCGGCGGGCAGCAGGCACCAGCACCCGGCCGAUACGAGAUGCGGCCCUUACUCUCGUCGCAAUCCGACCCUACCUCUAUGGAUGGAUUCCUGAACGAAAUCUCGCAUAUCCAAGAGACCAUUCGGGGCGUCAAUGAAAACAUUUCCCGGAUCGAAAGUCUACAGUCGAGCAUGUUACAAGCGGCCGAUGCACGCGAAGAAGCCCGCAUCCGGUCACAACUCGACGCCAUGACCAACGAAACGCAACAAUUCAUGACACACGUCAAGCAAAAAAUCAAAGAGAUUGAACCCACACCUCGCCAUUCCGACCUGGCCAUCCGCAAAAACCAGUUUUCAAACGUGACAAAGUCAUUCAUGGACACCAUUGCUCGUCAUCGUCAGGUCGCUCUUGACUUUCAAAAGGCAGAGUCGCGACAGUAUGAGCGUCAGAUUAGAAUCGCCAACCCCAACGCUACGCCCGAUGAAAUCGAUCAGGCCAUUGCUCAGGCCGAACAGGGUCGGCCGGCCGUCUUUGCCCAACAAUUGAUGCACUCGAUGACGAAUGAACAGCGACGCUAUGAUGGCCAGCAGACGCUGGAUGCGGUCCAGGAACGUCAUGAGGAUAUCCGUCGAUUGGCAAAGAGUGUCGAGGAGUUGUCGUCGUUGUUUGAGGAGAUGCAGUACUUGCUCGAGAACCAGGCCAAGGUGCUGGCGCAGAUCGAGGAAAGCUCGUACCAGGUCGUCGGUGAUUUGGAAAAGGGAAACCAGGAGGUGGGCAAGGCCGUGCAUUAUGCCAAACUCACCCGCAAGAAAAAGUGGAUCUGCUUUGGUAUCUUUGCCGUCAUUGUCAUCAUCCUUGUCAUUGUUCUGGCAGUACACUUUGCUCCGUCCGGCGGUGGUGGUGGUGGUGGUGGCGGUGGUGGUGAACAGGAACAGCAGCAGUAAAGUAGUAGUAGCCCAUGAUUGUAGCAGCA